AUGAAGCCCUGCAUCACCAUGGUUUGCUGUUUAAUGGUUUUUCUGACAACAGAAUGUUCUCAUUCCAAACCCAAGACUCACAGAAAAGAUGAAGAUAAAUUUCAAAUAUCUCUACAGAAGCAUGAGUUUAGGCCAACACAAGGUAACUGUGAUGGACCAUGCAGCUCUUCUUCUACCUGUAACCAGAGCUGUCCUUGGAACUUCCGUGGAGAAAUUGUAUUCACAUGUAAUCAAAACAAAUGGCAAAAAACAAUUGAAACAUGCACCAGUCUCUCUGUGGAGGCCUUGUUUCAGCGUGCACAUCCUGCAGCUAGCCUAUCCUUGGCAUCAUCUUCUCUUUUCCCCAUGAACUUAAUUGGCAAUACAGCACCAGUCCGUAUUGGGAAUGUAUUUCAAGGAAUCCGAAAGUACUGCCCCGAGGACUAUGUUUGCAUCGUUGAUGCCGUGAAAUCCUCUGCAGUUACAUCUGGAAACAUUGCAUUCAUAGUAGAGUUAUUAAAAAAUAUCUCUUCAGACUGGCAAACCUCUGGAAUACAUGCCAGUGUGACCUGGGAGAAAAUGAAGAACUAUGGGAAAAUGGCCAACCACAUCCUUGGCCCCACUGCCAUUUCAAAUUGGGCUUUCAUUCCCAACAAAAAUGCCAGCUCAGAUCUGUUGGAGUCAGUGAACUCUUUUGCCAAGAAACUCCAAAUCCAAGGUAAAUCUGAGAGUGUAGAUGAACUCUUCAUUCAGAUGAAAGGCUCUCGUAUCUCUCACAGUACCUCAGAGACCAGCCUCCGCCUCUCUGUUCCCAGGUACAAUGCUACCGAAGAUGUCUUAGUGGUGAUCGAAAUUCCUAGGCAAGCAUUGCAGGACCUGCCGUCCAAUGCCUCCCAAGCCAUCGCCACAGCUUUUCCAACCUUGGGGGCCAUUCUAAAAGAAAUCCAUCCGCCAAACACAAGUCUCCAAAAGCCCAUAAAUGACCUGAUCCUAUCACUGGUUUUGCCAGAAGGUCUGAAUGAAAUCAUACUCACCUUUGAUAAAAUCAACAAAUCCCAGACCACCAGCAGCCAGUGUGUCAGCUGGGAUCCUGACAAAAGGCAGUGGGAUGAGGGCCCAUGUACAAUGAUGUCAGACAUCAACAGCACAGUGAAAUGCCGCUGCAGGCACACCAAAGCUGUCAUGUCCUUCUCUAUCCUCAUGUCUUCUAAGCCCGUGAAGGACAGGAUUCUGAACCAUAUCACCUUCAUCGGACUCAGCGUCUCCAUCUUUAGCUUGGUGCUCUGCCUGGUCAUUGAAGCCAUCGUUUGGUCCCGGGUGGUUGUGACAGAGAUAUCCUACAUGCGCCAUGUGUGCAUCGUGAACAUUGCUGUGUCCCUCCUGACCGCAAAUGUGUGGUUCAUCAUUGGCUCCAACUUUAGCGCGAACGCUCAGGAGGAUCACAAGUGGUGUGUGGCUGUGACGUUUUUCUGCCACUUUUUCUUCCUCUCCCUGUUCUUCUGGAUGCUCUUCAAAGCCCUGCUCAUAGUCUAUGGCAUACUAGUUGUUUUCCGCAGGAUGAUGAAGUCUCGUAUGAUGGCCAUUGGCUUUGUCAUUGGCUAUGGGUGUCCCCUUGUGAUCGCAGUCAUCACGGUUACUGUCACAGAGCCUGGGGAAGGCUACACCAGAAAAGAUGCCUGUUGGCUUAAUUGGAACCAAACCAAAGCCCUUCUUGCUUUUGCCAUCCCAGCUUUGGUCAUUGUGGCUGUGAAUCUCCUUGUGGUUCUGACAGUUGCUAUUAACACACAGAGGCCCUUGAUUGGCAGUUCAAAAUCUCAGGAUAUGGCUAUCAUUUUCAGGAUUAGCAAAAAUGUUGCCAUCCUCACCCCACUUCUGGGACUGACCUGGGGUUUUGGUCUAACAACUCUGCUAGAAGGCACACACCUAGUAUUCCAUAUAAUCUUCGCCUUGCUCAAUGCUUUCCAGGGCUUUUUCAUCUUGCUGUUUGGUACCAUUAUGGAUCACAAGAUAAGGGAUGCCCUGAGGAUGAGGGUAUCUUCAUUGAAGGGGAAAUCGAGGGCAGCAGAGAAGGUGUCAUUAAGUCCAGCGAAUGGAUCCAGAAUACUGAAUCGCUGAGACUAAAAUAGAUGCCUUGCUUGCUGGGAUGGAGAGGGUUCCAAGAGAAGGAUGCACAAACGUCCCUGGAAUGAAGCAACAUCCUCUUCCUGCCUGGAGCACCACUUAAGUUAGAAAACUAGCUGAGGCACACAGUGGAUGAGUAGGCUUUUAAAAAGACUGACCUGCCACCUGUCACCUCAGAAGGGCUGACUUUUUGUUCACUUCAGCGUUUCACAUCCAGCUGCAAAUUAUCCUGUUUUUCUCUGCGAGCCCAUAGCUUGUGGGCAGACUGUGGAGUUGUCUACGGUCAGUCAGUCACCCGCCCCCAGGCUUCUCUGUGGCUCUGGGACCAGACAUAUCUUCCCCUCCGUCAGACCCCCACCCCCACC